UCGAUACAUCCUCCGGGAGAAAAGGAAAACGGAAACUGGAAAAAGAGUUUUCUCGAAGUUCUCCAAUAAAAGGAACAACGAAGUUUCGCAAAUUUUCUAAAAACAAGUUUCACUCUUUCCCGCCAAAUUUUCCCUCCAUAGAUGAAUUUCCCCUUCACACACACAGACAAAUGCCUCUCUGCAACUCUCUGCCGCUCGGUCAGUUCCUUCUUCUCUCUUGCGACCGGAAUCUAGGAGUCAUGCCGGACCUGGGGAACCCCGCCUCUCUCUCGUCGUCGCUCAAUAUCUCUCGCUGCCCUCACUUGGGACUGCCGGAGUCAGCUUCCCUGAGUUCGGAGAUCAAAACCCUAGCUCCAGCUGCCGAAGCUGUCCUCCCGCUGCAAAAUGGCCAUGGGAGCUGUGUUUCGAGGAACCAGACCUCUGAUGGAGCUGUUAACGGUAGGAAACUGGCGGUCAAGAGGAAGAUGGAAUCGAGUGAGCUCCAAUCGAGGUCGGCCCUGCCUUUCCUAGUUGGUGCAAAGAAGAUGGAAAAAUGUCUCAUUUGCAAUCAUUUCGUCAACUACAGUGAGGAACUUCGCUGCAAUUCCCAGGGUUGCCAAGGGACCUAUCACUUUUCAUGCGUAAAGCAAAGAUUUGGUGCAGCAACUCCGAAGAAUUUCAAGUGUCCCCAGCAUGCAUGCUUCUUGUGUAAGCUAAGACCUCAUUGGCGGUGUGUGCGAUGUACAAUCGCAUCUCAUGAUAAGUGCGCUCCCUGGCCAAAUAAGGUGGUGCAUCUGAAGAAUCACCCUGGGCGAGCAGUUUGUUGGAGGCAUCUUCAUGAUUGGCGAUUGAUUGAGAAGCCUGCUGUCUCAACUACAGAAGCAGAGGAAAUAUUCAGCCGCUUACCUCUGCCUUAUGAUGAGGAGGAGUUUAAGCUUGACAUAACAUUGAAAGAUAUGAUAGAGAACAAACUGGAGCCACCUCCAUAUAUGCACAUCAGGCGAAAUAUUUACCUUGUAAAGAAGAAGCGAGAAUAUGGAAAUGAUGGAAGCGGUUGCACAAGCUGCAGUUCUUCAUGCUCUGACCACUGUGUUUGCAGAGUUCAAUGUAUAAGCUGUUCAAAGUCUUGUCAUUGCCCGGAAACUUGCUCAAACAGGCCAUUUCGCAAGGAGAAGAAAAUAAAAGUAGUAAAGACUGAGCUAUGUGGUUGGGGAGUAGAGGCAGCGGAACCUAUAAAUAAAGGAGAAUUUAUAGUAGAGUAUAUUGGAGAAGUCAUCGAUGAUGCUUUAUGCGAGCAAAGGCUCUGGGACAUGAAACACAGAGGUGAGAAGAAUUUCUAUAUGUGCGAGAUACGGAAAGACUUCACCAUUGAUGCAACCUUCAAAGGAAAUUUUUCACGUUUCCUAAACCACAGUUGCGAUCCCAAUUGUUUCCUCGAGAAAUGGCAAGUUGAGGGUGAGACUCGUGUAGGUGUCUUUGCUGCUCGAUUGAUAAAGAUUGGAGAGCCAUUAACAUACGAUUACAGAUUUGUACAAUUUGGACCUGAGGUGAAGUGCCACUGCAGUGCAACAAACUGCCAAGGGUAUCUAGGAACCAAAAGAAAGAUAGCCAAGUUGGAGAUCUGCUGGGCCUCGAAGCGUAAGCGAACUUCUGCCACUUGCAUUGCCGUCUUAACUGAAUGAUUUGAAAUCUUAUCGACCGAAUCAUUCCAUUCGUGUUGUGCAUUGCUCUUUGCCACUGGACAAAUUUCAGCAAAGGUAAUAAUAAUCUGCCAAAUAGAAAAGUCGAAAAACGGAAAGUGGAAAACACAAAAGAAAAGAAUGUUUAGGAUCAAUCUCCAUUUAUUUGUUCCCUUAUAUUGUGCAACGGUGCAGUUGUUUGUACCAGUGUGUGCCUUUAAUCCCCAUUCUUGACUCUGUUCCGGAGGGAGAGUACAGUUAUUCAGAAUUUUUAUUGAGUUAGAGCUUGCUGAACCGAAGAGGCUCGAGUAAUCUCGUGGAUCUUAUUCAUGACCUGAUUUGACAAAGUA